AUGAAGUGGUCAGAGCUCUUGCUGAUACUGGCGGCAGUGCGAGGUUCUCUCUCACAGAACAUAGAAGUAUCCCAGAUCCCUGAAGUGAAUGCCAUAGAGGGCGGCACAGCCAACCUAGAGUGUAGCUACAACUUGAGCAACUUGGAUUUACCAGCCGGCUGGUACAAAUGGUACAGAUAUUACCCUCAAAAAGCUGAUAUUUUUAAAAGUGAUGAUUUUAAGGGCAGAAUUACCAAAGAAAGCCCAGAAGAUUUCCUGAAGAAGAGAUCAGCCAGCAUACAGUUGCACAGAGUAACAGUCACAGACACCGGAAUGUAUUUCUGUGAAGUGGAGUUUUCUGGCCAGGAGCAAAUUAAAGGACACGGUAAAGGAACUUUCCUCAAUGUGACUGCGACAGACAGUACUUCAUGCAGAUACUUCACCCUUUAUCACUGUAUUGGAGCAGUCGCCCUGGGUUUACUAAUGUCAUUUGCACUUUAUCUGAACUGCAAGGAACAUAAGCAGGUCAGUACUUAUAACUGUGUGUCUGUGUAA